AUGGAUCGCUGCGGGGCCCUUUUCCUCUGCCUGUGCCUCUUGAUGUCUCAGAGCAGAACAGAAGAGGCAUCCCAAGAAAUCCUGCGCUGGAUGGAGAGAAUGGAGAUGGAAGCCAGGAGCCGGAGCCUCACUUCUUUUGCUGAGCUCAUCCAUGGCCUAGAGUCAAGGCUACUCAAUGCCAGCUUUGGGGGCCAUAAUCUCACUUUGCGGACACAUACCAUCCAGACGCUAGCUUUCAAGCUGGACUGCAACUUCACUGGCCUCUCACUGAGAAGUGCUGCUCUGCAGCAGGUCCCCCAAGCCCAGGUCCCACUCGCCAUGCAGUUCCCAGCUGAGCUGACUCGGGAUGCCUGCAGGGUGCGCCCCAGGGAGCUGACUCUCAUCUGCAUCUACUUUUUCAACACCCGCUUUUUCCAGAAAGACAUCAAUUCAUCUGUGCUCAAUAACUAUGUUCUGGGGGCCCAGCUGAGCCAUGGACAAGUGAGCAACCUCCGUGAACUGGUGAACAUCAGCUUCUGGCACAACCAAAGCCUGGAAGGCUAUACGGUGACCUGUGUCUUCUGGAAGGAGGGAGCCAGCAAGCACCACUGGGGGGCCUGGAGCACUGAGGGCUGUCGCACAGAGCAGCCCUCACCUUCCCAGGUGCUCUGCCGCUGCAACCACCUCACCUACUUUGCUGUUCUCAUGCAACUCUCCCCGGCCCCGGUCCCCGAAGAGCUGCUGGCGCCCCUCACAUACAUCUCCCUGGUGGGCUGCAGCAUCUCCAUCGUGGCCUCGCUGCUCACUGCCCUGCUCCACCUCCAUGCCAGGAAGCCGAGUGAUUCCAUUACGUACAUCCACGUGAACCUGCACGCCUCGGUGCUACUCCUCAAUGUCGCCUCCCUGCUGAGCCCAGUGCUGGCCGUGCCCCCCGUGCCUGAGUCAGCAUGCGUGGCACUGGCUGCCACCCUGCACUACGCACGGCUCAGCUGCCUCACCUGGAUGGCCAUUGAAGGCUUCAACCUCUACCUCCUACUUGGGCACGUCUACAACAUCUACAUCCGCCGAUACGUGCUCAAGCUCUGUGCCCUGGGCUGGGGGGUCCCGGCCUUCCUGGUACUGCUCCUUCUUGCCGUCAAGAGCUCAGUUUACGGACCCUACAGGAUCCCGCUCUCCGACAGCCAGGGGAACAGCACGGGCUUCCAGAACACGUCCAUAUGCUGGGUGCGGAACCCCUGGGUGCACGGUGUCCUGGUCAUGGGCUCUGGUGGCCUCACCUCCCUUUUCAACCUGGUGGUGCUGGCCUGGGCGCUACGGGUCCUGCACAGACUGCGGGCGCAGGAGAAGGCGCUGGGCCCCCGGGCCUGCCGGGAUACCGCCCCCGUGCUGGGCCUCAUGCUGCUGGGCGCCACCUGGACCCUGGCCUUCUCCUUCGGUGUCUUCCUGCCGCCNNCGCUCUUCCUCUUCACCACCUUCAAUUCGCUGUACGGUUUCUUCCUCUUCCUGUGGUUCUGCUCCCAGAGGCGCCGCUCACAGGCAGAGAUGGAGGCAUUCAGCUCUUCCCAGAUGGUGCAGUAG